AUGAGCUGCACAAAGAAGGAUGAGCGACUAUCAUCCGGUGAAGAGCAGUCGAAAAGUCCAGAAUUAUGGACGAGCUUAAUUGCUGGUGGUUGUGCAGGUGCAACAAGCCGAACGAUUGUGAGCCCUCUAGAACGAUUAAAAAUUAUUAUGCAAGUACAACCUCCAUCAGCAGAUGGAAAAAAGACAUACCCUAAUGUAUGGCGAGGUCUGUCGCGGAUAUGGCAAGAAGAAGGGUUUCUCGGUUUCAUGCGAGGAAAUGGCCUCAACUGUUUGCGUAUUGCGCCGUAUAGUGCUGUUCAAUUUGCAACGUAUGAGCUUAUGAAACGUAUUUUUUCCCAGAUACAAGGAUCAUCCAAUAUCAACGCCGAUGGUACUACGAGGCCUUUGCAUCAGCUUAGCACAUCUGAAAAAUUAUUAUCUGGUGCUGUUGCUGGAUUCACCAGCGUUGUGUCCACGUAUCCAUUGGAUCUUGUACGUUCCCGCAUAUCUAUCGCAUCCGCAUCUAUGUACACAUCUGGAGGAAAAAGUAAGACUGUGCUUCCUCGUGUGCCUGGAGUGUGGGAAACUACACUGAAAGUGUAUCGGGAAGAAGGCGGUAUACGUGGUUUAUAUCACGGCUGUCUUGCUACUAGCUUGGGCGUAGCUCCCUACGUCGCAUUUAAUUUCUUCUUUUACGAAAGUGCGCGUUCUUUUCUGACAAAGUCUGAUGGUACACCACCUAGCUCUAUCACAAAACUAUUUAUCGGUGCUUUUGCUGGAAGCGUAAGCCAGACAUUGACAUAUCCUGUGGAUGUCGUUCGCCGUCGUAUGCAAGUUUCCGGGAUGAAAAAUUCUAGUCUUGGUGUCCAGGACAAGAGCGGCCUUGAUUCUCUCCGCAACAUGGUCGCUCAACAUGGUAUCCGUGGUCUGUACCAUGGGCUCUUACCCAACCUUCUAAAAGUGGCACCAUCAACAGGUGCUUAUUUCCUCACUUAUGAUCUUGUAGUCAGUGCCUUGAAGCGCCUUCAUGAGUACAAGUAA